GAUGGGCGGAGUUUAAGUGGGUGAGGUAAAUAGGGAGGCGAUUGGUUGGUUAGCAAGGAGGGCGGGACUUGGCUUUGAGGGCUCAAGGGAAAAAGCUUUUGUCGACGGGGCUUAGGGUCAGGUGGCGGAAGGGACGCAGCGACGAUUGGCUGGCAGGGCAAGUGGGCGGAGAAAGCGAGAGAGCGGGAAAAGAAUGAAAGAGCGUAUGGGCUUGAAAAAGCGUGAGGCCCGGCUUAUCAUCCGGGAAGCGGCAGGAGAGAUCGCAUGCGCACAACUCCAGAAUCGGAUUUUUGUGUUCCGCAGUACGCAGGCGCCCAGCUUGGCGCAUGCGCCGGACGCCUUGUUGGCGCCUGAGGAGAUGGGGUGAGCCGUCUGCGAGCGUUGCCUUGGUGAUAACGGCGAGGCUGAGGCGAAGAAGAGGAAGUCGCGCCUCCUCCUCUUCCUCCCUCAUCAUGGUCGAGAGUGAGAGAAGGGCGAUGAUAACCCUGCGAGGUAGACCGGCUGUCGUCUUCCCCCCCUUGCGGCCCUGGAAGCGCCUCCGACGACCGACGACGCCACGACAACAGCCCUUUGAGAAACAGAAGAAAGGUGGUGCCCUCCGGAUGAUUUUGACUACAAUUCCUGUCAUCCCCAGCGAGCAGGGGAAAUAUAUUGCAGACAUACCGGAGCAGCUGGGUAUUCCAACGCCCCUACUGACCAUCCAUCCCGAGGAGCCGCUGGUAGAACGUGGUGGAUCCGUCCGGUUGACCUGCGCCCUGGACUGCCCUGGGGGGAAGGUGCAAUGGACCGGCCUGGACACCGACCUGGGGAACAUCAUGUCCAACCACACCUACAGCGUCCUGACUAUCUUCAACGCCACUGUGAACUCGGAGGGUGAGAAGACAUGCGUGGGGCAAUGCCACAGGAAGCCAUUGCAGAAGAAAGUGGCGCUGCGGGUCUUCUCCUUCCCAGACACUUUGCGCCUGGAAUCCCAACCGGAGAUGCUGAAAGCCGGCCAGCCGGCCCGCCUCUCCUGUUCCCUGAGCCACAUCUCCCCUCCGGGUUCUCUCACACUGAGCUGGUUCCGAGGAGCAGAGCAGCUGGACGCUUCCGUGGAGGAAGAGGAGAUGGCCGAGUCCCACGAGCAACUGUUUGAGUACCGCUCCGUCCUGGAAGUCCCGGCAGCCCCCGUGGGCACAGCUUACAAGUGCCAAGCCACGCUGGAUGUUGGACGGCACACCUUCCGCCAAGAGAAGGUGGCCACCGUCAACACCCAAGCCGCUCAAAAAGGACCCGAGGCCGCGGAGAAGACCACCUCGGCCUUCCAGAGGAUGAGCCAUGCGAUGACUCCGAAGCCGCUCACUCCCGGGUGGUGGAUUUCCUCGUUCACAGCGGCCGCCAGCGACCACCUGGUUCUUCGUUCCACCCAGGACCUCACGAGCGCCACGUCCAGAGCGGCAUCCACGGUAGCCUCGGCAUUGGCUGGAACAGAGAGCUCUGAGGUAGAGAUGAGCCAUUCUCCGGCAGAGAGCUCUGUUACGGAGACACAGACAAAUUCGCUGACGCCUGAGGCCGAGGCCACCAGCAACGGCACCCCCGCCGUGACUCUUCCACCCGCGACGUCACACGUCUCUGCCUCCGCCGGCCGACAGUCCACUCUGGAGACUGUUUCCACCCACAACCGCCGUCCUUCCCAGGUGGCUACAGACAGGCCUCAGGUUCACACCCCCAAAGAAGGGCCUUGCCGCCCUGUGAUCAAACCUGAGCCCGCACAAGGGGGCACGGGGAAGCCGCUCCGCAUCACUUGCCACCUGCCGGAGUGCGGGGGCCGGGUCCAAAUCCGGUGGGUUGGAACGCCCGUGGCCCUGUCCCAGUACCAGCUGGAAGAAGGCAAAGACCGCUCCACUCUGAUGGUGGCCAGCGCUGGCAAGGAGCAUCAAGGGGUCUACCGGUGCCUUGUGAUAAGCAGCCAGGCCUGGCUGGAGAGUCUGAGGGUCGUCGUCUUGGACGAUCCCUUCCCGGCCCCCAUCAUCGCGGCUGGCACUGUUGGGUCUCUCUUAGGGCUGCUGGUGACUGGCUAUGUGGCCCAUCGCACGUGGCGCAAGCGAGCCAGCUAAGAGUCAGUACCUCCUCCACAGGCGCCACCUUUGGUACUCCCUGAGGGGCCCCGUGACUUUUUGUGAAGAUGUGGGGCUGAGGGGUGGGGGGCUGAGCUUUGAGGCAGGCGGCUGCCAAGGACAGCAUGGGAAGGCAGGGUCUUCUGUGUUUGCCCGGAUCAUGGUCUUGGAAGGAAGACGUCGAACAAGACCUCCCUUUGCUUGUGGGGCCAACGUCAGCAAUUUCAGCUAGACUUCUUGGCUGGUCCCCCUCCUUGAUGGCUGCACUCCGUUGAGAACUGCGGCCAGGACCCUAAACAGUGGGGCAUGAGUUGCCGUGAACUGCACGGAACAGCUGAGCCUGGAUAAUCUGGAAUAUCUCCUUGCGUGUCUCCCUUCUGUUUUCCGACCUGCCUGUAGCCCUCUCUCCGGGGUCUCUGUUGCAAAGCGCCAGGCUUCAGGACGUUCCUCACCUUCACUUUGCCGAUGAAGAAAGGCAGGUCUCGCUGUCACGCAGAGACAGACGCACAGACGCUCUUGCCUGUUUGAAUGGACUUUCGAAAGAGCAGAGCAGGAAUGGCAUGUUGGUCAGUCUAUCCCUCUGCAGUGGGAACUGAGUAUCGAGCCUCCAUUAGCCAGGGCAGUCUCUACCUGUCGGGGCUGAGCACAGACGUUAAAGGGGCAAGAGACAUAACUUCACCAACGGGGCGAGGAAAGGGCUCCUGGGAUUGUUGUCCUUUAAGGAGGGUUUCCCCCUUUCUGCUGUACCCCAGGGUUCUUCCCUCUCCUCCUUUGGACCCAAGGCUGGUCCCCACUGUCUCCUCUCCCCCAGGUAAGAGGGCUUCCAGGGCACAUUCUCUCUCCUCUCUGCUUCUUCUCCCAGCACCUUAACCCUCUUCCCCUGUCCAGGGAUUCUCCGGUUCCAUCCAAGACCCUCUCUGGCUUCUUCUUCUUCUUCUUUUUAUUCUCCGUCCAUCCAGAUUCCUUUGUCCCUUUU